AUGAAUUUCUACCUGCGUGAGAAACGCAUUUGCUCGAAAUGUUACAACAUCAGAGGUAGCACCUUUCCCCAUAGUAAAAAAUCACAGCAUGUAAGGCCUUUCAGCCAAGUACAAAUUCCCAAAAGAGUUGGGUUCAUGAAGCCAGCAUUUAAAUUAAACAGAAAAGCUCAGAAAUAUAUAGUCAAUGUGCAAUGGUUAAAAAGUAAUAAUACAAAAGAGCUAGAAAAGUUGUGUAAUAACAUAAGAAAAGAUGCUAACUCAUUUAAUAGCUAUGAAAUCAUCGAUUUGAUAUAUUAUUUGAGUAAACAUUCGAACAAAAAUGUCUAUCUAACUAUUGAGCCAUUGUUAUUUCAUUUUUUUCUGAAGUUUAAUACAUCCAUUAAUUUAAAUGGUGUAUCAAUACAUAGACUGUUAAGAGUACUAACAGAAUAUCAAGACUUAGUGUAUAGAGAAUGGAUUUACUCAAUUGCAAAAAUUAUUUCCAGAAAACAUGCACAUAUAUCUAUGAGAGAUAUUCAACUUAUAUUAGAUGACUUAGCCUUGUUUUAUGACUUUCAAAUACAUUGUCAAAUUAUUCCAUUUUACAACACAAUUAUAAAGAGAAUUCAUGAACUUGAAAUAAAAAGACUGCCAUUUCUUAUACAUGUUAUUGGAAGAAUUGGUUGUAACAACCAGAAUUUAAUAAAUACUCUAGUUACUACAUUAAAAAAAUAUAUUCUAAAAAAUGAUUUAUACAGAUCCGAUUUUUCAGGACUACUAUUAAGAGGUUUAGCAAAUCUUAAAGUGUUACCUGAGAAAAAUAUUUUAUAUCAGUUGUAUAAACCAGUAAAAGAGAAUAUAUAUUAUACAAAUAUCAAAUAUAUAUCAUGGUGCGCUGAUGGAUUUUCAAGGUUAAAUUUUUUCUCUCCUUUACCUUUACUUGUAAAUCAAAUGUUACAACUAAAGGAAAAAAUUACUCAAUUAGAACUUAAUGAUUUUGUCUCUAUACUAAAUUGUAUUCAAGCGUAUAUAUUAAUAAAACAGUAUAAUAGCAGCGGAAAAAAUCUACACAUGCUAGAACAAAAAAAAAAGAACUCAGAUCAUUCAAGCGCAAAAAUUUCCCUUCCUAAUGAUGAUAGAAACUCCUUUAAACAAUCCACCAUUCCCAUUACAUCCACCGAUGGAAUUUCCACGAAAUCGAAAUUAAGCGAAGAUAAUCAUUGGAACACCACAACCUUAAUUCCAAAUGAACAAAAUUGUAAAAACAGAAAACACAUUUAUUUUAGUGAAAAUAUAGAACAUAUACAUCUUAACAGAUACGAGAAUGAAGACCUUACACAUAUGCGAAAAAAGAAUAACUUAAAUAUGAUACACGAGAAUAAUGUAAACAAUCAAGGGAAAAAAUACGAUUCCAUCCAAAGGAGCCCAACAGAUAAAAUAAAUCUCUAUUGUGAAGAAGACCAUACAAUAGAGCAAAGUUUGAAUAAAAAGAAAAUUAAAAAAGAGGAAGAAAUAGAAAAAAAAAAUGAAGAAUAUAAUCCUUCUGUUUCUACAAAUGUAAGGAAUAAACCAAGCUAUUCAUUAUGCCGCAGUGAUAAUUAUUCGAACUCCAUUGGAAAUGAAACGUUUUUACAUGAAAUGAAUUCAAUUUUUGAUAUAAAUGACAAAACAGGACCUUUAGAUGAAUUAUAUGAUAUUUAUUUAAAAUUAGAAAAAAUCAUUUUGGAAAAAAUCACGGAAAGCAUAUAUAACAGUACCCCACCGUAUAGAGUAAUUAUGUUUGAGUUAUUAACCAGAUUGUUUAGAUUUUAUAAAAAACCUAUUGAUUUAAUUGUUCAUAUGAAUACACAUAGAUAUGAUAAUUCUUUAUUAUUGAAAUAUACCAACAGUCUACCACUUGUAAUAUCGAACAAAAAUGAGAGAAAAAUGAGCAAUUCAGGAUUAUCUUUUCACGUAAAUGAGUUUAACUUUUCGAAUGAAUUCUUUUUUAAAAAUUCCCCAAGUAAUAAAAUGGACACACAGAAACAUACUCAAGAUGAAGAAAAUAAUCCAUCCGAAAAGGAUGAUCAAAGAGAUUAUGUCGCUACAUAUACAAAAAUGAAAAAUGAUGAAGAUAAACAAGAACACAAAGAACAAUUCCGGGAUGAUGAAAUUAAUAAACGUCUCCAGAACGUUGAGAAAAGAACCGUACUCAAUGGAAAGGAUACCCAGUUAAAUGUAAAUAUACCAUUGCCAAAAAUUUUUAAAAAUUUUCUGCAUUCCAUAUUUUUUAGAACCCCAGCUUUAGGAGGUAGAACCAUUAUGCUGCUAUUAAUUGCACUGGUAAGAUUAAAUUUUGGAGAACGGGAAAAAUUCGAGUAUUCUAACAAGGCGGAUUCUACCAUUUUACCCUUCUCUAAAGCUAACGUAAUAUACAGACCUUUAACAAAAUGUGUCAUUCGUGAAAUAAUUAGAAAACUGGAAUCAUUUAAUUCAGAGGAGUUAAUAAUUUGUGCAAUGUGCUUAAACGAAUUGGAUGCUUUAAACUUAAAUGAUGAAUUAUUUUCAUUAUUAAUUGAAAGACUUUUUAAUUUAAGUAAAAACAAUUACAUGAGUAAAGACCAGCUGCUACAAUUAAAAAGUGUGUUCCAUUUCUGGUAUAACCAAAGACGAUAUUUAAUUGUGAAAAACCUACGCUUUAAGUCAAUAAAACAGUUUAAAAGUUUUCUUUUUGUAUAG